AUGGCUUCACAGACUCCGUUCAGUCCCAAUCCCUCCCAAAGGGCUCGGUUGCGAUACUUCUCAAGCAACAAGAUCCCUACAUAUCUCUUUCGUAUCGUUGCUCCUGAAAGUGGCGGAAGCGCGAGCAUGUCUACUGUCAUUUCGGAGGCAUUGAUGAGCCCUGACUGUAGCAAUCCCCCAGAUGACAUCUUCAACCAUAGCCCAACGAAGGCUGCAGCGCUUAUAAAAGCACAUCUUAUGUGGCAAUGCAAUAAGCAAUCUAACUUUAUGAGUUGGACUAGUUCCUUACUCUUUGCACUGCAAUUUGGCUUAUAUCGGUAUGAAACGGAUUAUGACAACCCGGACUUCAGCGAAAUAUUUCUAUAUAUUCUCGACACGAGUGGGUUCCCAGAGGGCACGUUCAUCAAAGACCUGGACAUACUAGAUGCCUUCAAGGAGGAAUCCCUAGACCUACAGAGAUUCCUCAAGCUGCGACGUGGAAAUUUCAAGAAAAGAUAUUAUUUCGGUGAAUAUCUAACUCAGGGGCGGUUGGAAAUCGAGGGAAAUUGUGCAAGGGUCUCUCUGCAGCAGAUGAUGGAUCUCGGACUCUUUGAGCUGCACCCUGGACUAGAAAACAAGAACAGAUGGAUAUCCUUGGCAAAUCGAGUCCUUGAGCUACGGACGAAUUUCAAGUAUUUACCCUCUACCACACAUUCGGAGAUUCAAAAGACGAUCAAGAUCGCGCAAUGCUGUUUCGGGGACCGCUGGGUAGUUCCGUUCGCAGCCAUGUUGCUUGCUCUUAGGCCAAGAAGUCAUCAAGACCAUGAUAAAAUCGCAGAGGCUUAUUGGGAAAUGUUUACAGCGGAGGAAAUUAUGAUUCAAGAUAUUCAAAUUGAUCCUGAAGGUUUACCAGAGGUCAGACAGUUUGGACAGAUCAUCAACGCUGUCAAGCGCAAGUUUAACAACAGUGACAUCGAUGAAUUGCAGAAUCCUUUCUCAAGACUAGGUCUUGAGUAA